CGCGCAUAUAAAAAAGAGGAGGGACCCCCUUCCCUCAGACAAUUCAUACCCUCGCUCUCAUUACUUCCAUCAUCCCACCGCCACUGGACCAAACACUCAAACACUCAUUCGCGCGAUCAUUCCUCCAGCCGGCCCUCCCUCUCAUCCCCAUUGUCCACAGCAGUUGCCGGAAAACUUUGCUUAGACCUUGCUCCACAAACACACACGUGCUCGAGUCAAGUUCCUGUCGCCCGCCUAUCUCCCUCUUUCUCAUUAUGCACCCCAAUUUGUUGCUCGGCACAACUAUUGCGGCUGCUGCCCUCGCCUAUGUCCUCAGGCCCAAGAAACCAAAGACGGAGCUCGAGGCAAAGUCCGUUCCUAUCCCCAUCCCACCGAGCUAUUUGCCCCUGCAAUUGGAUUCUAUACUCAUCUACGUCCUAUCGACAUUGGCUGGUCGGGACGAGAUGGAGUUCCUGCGAAUAGGCCUCCAGCAGUUCGGAAAUACGGUGAAUUUCCGAGGAUUCAACGAAGACUUUAUCAUUGUCCUAGAUCCGUCGAGCAUCCAGCAUAUCUUGGCCAAAAAUCAACCCAACUAUGAGAAAGGCCCCGAGUUUCAGGCCAUGUUCCAUGAGUUCUUAGGGUCUGGCAUUUUUAAUGCCGAUGGCGAGACAUGGAAGACACAAAGGCAGCUCGCGAGACCUCAUUUUCAGACAUCAGAGUUCAAGGAUGCCACUCUUAUUAACAGACAUGUCGACCAGCUUAUCAAGGCAAUCGAUAACCAGCUCGACGCCAACCCAGACAAAGCUCUUGAUGUCCAGAGUCUCUUCUGUCGGUUCACAUUAGACGAGGCAACAGAGUUCUUGUUUGGCGAGACUGUCCACGCACUGGAGGACAACGAUUCUGAGUUUGCUACGGCCUUCAAUUAUGCACAAUCGAUCGUAGCCUGGCGCUUCCGAUUGCCACUGUGGAGAUACCUUGUGCCCAAGAGGCGUUUUAUGAAGGAAAUCAAGAAACUGGAUGAUUUUGUGUACAAGAUUAUCGACAGUGCCCUGGCGCGACUGGAAAAGCAAGGCCAAGGCAAGGGCGAAGGGGACGAGCACGCUACCCUUCUCGAUCACUUUUUGAAUUCCCAGGAAGAGUACAGCUUUGACAGGAAGUAUCUUCGCGACAUGUUGUUGAACUUUCUUCUCGCUGGUCGAGAUACGACCGCUUCACUGUUGUCAUGGACGAUGUGGCACCUUAGCCAGCGUCCUGAUAUUGUUGCCAAGCUAAAGAAGGAGGUCUUGGAGGUUAUUGGUCCCAAUGCAAUCCCAGAGUACAACGAUAUCAAGAAGCUGAAGUACCAAAAGCAAGUGGUGAAUGAGGUGCUUCGACUCUGUCCUCCCGUUCCUUUCAAUAUAAGACAGAGUGUUGAGGAGGAUGUGUUGCCCAAUGGAUACUACAUCCCAGCGGGCACGGCAGUGUCCUACAGUGCAUACACAACCCACCGGCUGCCAGAGCUCUGGGGAGAGGACGCUCUCGUGUUCGAUCCUGACCGCUGGGGCCCUGAGCGCGUGGGAAUGAUCAAGCCGUUCAUGUUUGUGCCGUUUCAUGCGGGACCUCGUAUCUGUCUUGGACAGAAUCUGGCAUACACGACCGCACAAGUGACGCUGACACGUCUGUUGCAGCGUUAUGAGAUCCGGGCGUCACCUGGAUUCAAGCCCGAGCAAACGGGGGACAUUGUGUUGUUUUCCCGCAAUGGGAUUGAGGUGCUUCUCAACAAGGAGAGCCUUGCAGACGUUUAAGUUUUUUUUCUUUUCCCACUUGCCCCUCUUUCCCCCCAUUCCUUCACUUCACCCACACCGCAAUUAGGGUUGUGUUUAUGGUUCUGAUUUGUUUGUGGGUAUGUAUAAGGAUUGACCAGGAUGGAAUGUGUUCUACGUGCUUUUUUGAUGUUAUUCCAGCAAAUAAAACGAGAUGUCAUUGGUUUUUGCAAAGGAGACAGACGACUGGACUGCAGCUGGCAUUGGUUUUCGCCAGUUC